GAAAGGCGUUCGGGGGCCUGUGGUGAGGGGUAGCGGGUCGUUCCUCCGCUACUGGGCCCGGGCGAGAUCGGGCGGUUGUAGGGGACCGGGAGCCCCGGAGAACCGGGGGCCUCGGGGAGUCCGUCGGGACGCGCAUGCGCAGCGCGGCGCGCAGGCUCUUGCAGGCGGUCCGUGAGCGCUGUUACCGAGACCUCGUGGCGCAACGGUGCUUGUGCCGUGCAGACUGGGAGGGAACUCUGGCAACAGGCUUUGAGAAAUGACAUUGAACCACCAGCAAUGAGCACAGUGUUGAACAAACCUGGGUGAUGAUGCUACAAGAAGCUGACAUAUCUGAACCCAACACCUUCAGCACAGAAAGCAUAAGCUGAAUGAACGUGACGACUGGGAGUUGUAUGGCAAGAAGAUUAAAUCCUGCUGUAGAAGUAUUCUGGAUGAACAGAUAAAGGAGGUGGAAUAAAGAGAAUGAACGGCAGGAACCAUUUCAGAGAUGGAAGCAGGGGAGUAACCUUUGAAACAGAAGACGUCGAAGUGACAGCGGCCUGUGCCUCUGGCUAUGCUGGAUCCUCACACCUGGAAAUGUAUGAAUAUCGGAUGAAGCUUCUCUUGCCCGAUGAAGAUUACAGCCUUGUUGAGAUAACAGCAGAGGAAAAAGAAAUACUGCCGGAGGAUGAGUUGCUGGUAACAGCCCAGCUGCAGGGGCAGGAGAGGUCGGCUCGAAUCGCUCCCCAUGGUGGUGGUUUCAAAGCUAUUUGCAGAACAAAGAUGAGUGAAACAUCUGGUGAUGAAACUGAGGAAGAUGAUGAUGGAGAUGAAACGCGGUUUGGUGUUUCUUCGCGCCCCAGAGUCAGAUCCAGCAGGAAAAGGCUGAAGAGGCAGCCACCAGAUCAGAAGAACAUGAAGGCGGAUGAAGCGAAAGAAGAAAGGUUGAUGCUGGAAAAGGUGCCGAACCGAGCAGAAGUAGCACAGGACGAGACCACAGAACCUUCGAUAUCCAUACUUGUGAGGUUCCUGAUAAUUAUCAUCUUUCUAUUUGUGGUCCUCCUGUAUAGAGUUAAGGAACGCUAAUCCAGUCUGCUCAGAAACCUCAUCCUGGCACGAAAAUAAAAGCACUGUCCUGAUGACACAAACAGUGUUUAGCAGUGGUUACAGAUGCACUUUUUUCUCCCUGCUACUUGUGGACAAGCUCUUCGGGCGGUGAGUUAAAGGCUAAUAGGAGGGCGGAAAAAGCCUGUGACUUGUCUUUGCUGGGUGUUCACUGCACACGGUGGCUCUGAACUCUGAGCAAUGUGACUUACUGCACCGCUGCUCCUUUGCUGGAGUGAAGUUCAUGGCUUUUGUGCCCCAGCUGGAGAGUUUAUUCACUCGGAGGCAUUGAGAGUUGUGCGUGGUUUUUCCUAAGCUGCCUGUGGCUGGGAUUACUGCAUCAUUGAGAACUUAACAGCUUCUCUGGGCUCUGGUUCUCUUAUAUUUGAGAAACACCAGAUAUAAGUUGGUUUCCUCCCAGCCUCAGGUGAUGAUACCGACUCCCUGUCACUGCCUGGCCUCCUUCAAUGAAGUUGUACUGACCUGUAAGCCUCAUUAAUGUUGCGUUUGGAUUAAAGAUGCAUUUCUCUUAACUCAAAAUGAGAAGACACAAACAGCUUCCUCCACCCCCAGAGAAGUUCAGCUUGUGCCAAGGCUCCUGAAGCUCUGUGGAAAUGAAUAAAGCAGCGUAGCGAUCGUGCCAGAACGGAGUAGGAAUGGAUUCCCCUUCCCUGGGGAGCGAGUUUAGAACAUAUCGUGCUUGUUCAUUUUAUUGAACUGAUCAUCAAUGCUAAUAAUCAGCACGUAGGUGUUGUCUGUGCUGGGAGAAGGUGAAUUGUGCCCAUUUCCCCCUGACCUCACAACCCCAGCCACUGAAAAUUAUAGGUAAAGGGGGUACCUGCUUUAGGGGGGGACUGUUUUGAACACAGAGAAUAACUAAAUGUUUUCUAGGCUCACAAGCAGUAGCAAAGAUGCAAAUGAAGAAAAUAAGGAUGGAGCAGGGCUCUGUUCUUGCCUGCCGUGUACAAAUAUUGAGGACUGUGCUGGGACUGCUCAUCAUAAGGUCACCGUGUGGUACAGCAGCACAAUGAGUGAGACCUUGGAGCAUUAAUGCACCAGGGAUGUUGAUUAUAGCACCGCUGUGUGCACAAGCACAGGCACGUCGCAACAAGAGCCAGAGCCCACAAAUGCAUUGCAAAGAGCAAGUUUUAUUUUAGUUACCUCUCUAUUGGGGGAUCUCCAUAGCUGCACCUGAGCUCCCCGACAGAGGCAGCCUAAGCAGGGACACAAGUGCUGAUAAGUUUAGCUUUGCUGGAAGAUCAUUAGGCUGGCUACGCUCACCUAUAUUUAAAGGCUUAGAGCAGAUGCAGCUUCUUGCUGUGCUCUGCUCUUAAAACACAGCAAGAAUCUCGGACAUAAGGUACUGUAGGGUUUCUCUCAGGUUAUCUCACCCAGAGGUUCUACUUGUCGAGCACACAAGGUCAGUGAAACAAUGAGUGUGAUGUAUGUGCUGUCUUUACAGCCCAGCUGUGGGUCACAUGAGCGUGUUUACCUUUCUCCUCCUCGCCCAAUCUUCCGCAGUUCCCCUACAUUCCACCCCCUCGCCCAAGGGACUGGCUUUGCUGGGGCUGGAAUAGCCAUAGGUGUUCACAUGGGCGUGUAAAGUUCAGAACAGAGCCAUUUACAGAGAUACUCAACAAACACAUAUACAUCUAUAAAGAGAGAAAAGGAACAAAUACAUGUGUGCAAGAAUAGGUUGCAUCUGGUGUCCUGUCUAUCUUCUCAAGGAAUGAGAUGAGUCUUUCAGCCAGGCACUGUCAGUGUAUCGCUUCAUUUGACGUGUCAGUCCCAACAGAUGUUAUCUUCUAUUCUGGCUAGUUCAUUAGCUGUCUUGAAGCCGCGCUUGCCUUAAAAAAGUCAGGGCAGCAUCUUCAGCCACUACUUACCCAAGGGAAAAAGAACAAUGAGAAACAUUAAUGUUUUAAAAAAGAAACCAACCAAAAACCCUUGGCAUAAUCCACAUCUGCGACAGGACUAUUGCGAUAAUAAAUGACAGUGAGAGAUCUGCAGCUAUUAGUCUUGUGGAGGUGUGUCCUGCAUAUUAUACUUGUAACGGAGGGUUACAAGGCAUGAUGAGCAAACCUGUGAUAAGGGAAGGAAACAGGGGUGUCUUCUCCUUCCAAUAGCACAUACGCUGUUGCUCCAGCUCCUUCAGCUGGUAUUACUCCGAGUUGGACAACCUGGUGUGGGGUAAUUACCCCCACAGACUGGAAAGCCGUGGCCUGUGCUUUCUCAGAUUGAACUUCAACACAAUGUUGGGUCCGUGACACCAAUAAGACCGUUCCAAUGCUGUCUCAUCUAGACAAAGCACAAGUAGUCAUUGAAGAUACCUGAAAUACAAGAACUCGAGAGUCCGAUAUUAGCAAAGGAUGCAACAUAAGAGGAGAAGUCGGAGUACACAACCACACAGCAUCCUCAGGAGUUACUAUGUGGACUUUCACAUCCAGAUUAAUAGGUUGCGGUCCCACUUCGCAAUCCAUUGGGGCCAGACAGGAUUAUUGAAACCCGUCAUGGUUUCUGUAAUGAUCCCCAGUUGCUGGAGUGCCCCAAUAGUCUUGCAGAUGAGUGAAACACCUGGUGAUGAAACUGAGGAAGAUGAUGGAGAUGAAACGCGGUUUUGUGAUUCUUUGUACCCUGGAGUCAGAUCCAGCAGGAAUAUAAGAUAUAAGUUUAGAAGAUAUAAGUUUAGAAGAUAUAAGUUUAGAAGACGAUAUAAGUUUAGAAGACGAUAUAAGUUUAGAAGACGAUAUAAGUUUAGAAAAUUAUAUAAGUUUAGAAGAUUUGCUGAAGUGAAUGAAGAAAGGCUGGAAAAGGUGCCGAACCGAGCAGAAGUAGCACAGGAAGAGACCACAGAAACUUCGAUAUCCAUACUUGUGGGGAUCCUGAUAAUUAUCCAUUUGUGGUCCUCCUGUAUAGAGUUAAGGAAUGCUAAUACAGUCGGCUCAGAAACCUUGUCUGGGGAAGAAAAUGAAAACACCGUCCUGCUGACACAAACAGUGUUUAGCAGUGGUUACAGAUGCACUUUUUUCUCCCUGCUACUUGUGGAUAAGCUCUUCAGGUGGUGAGUUAAAGGCUAAUAGAGGGGUGGAAAAAGCCUGUGACUUGUCUUUGCUGGGUGUUCACUGCACACGGUGGCUCUGAACUCUGAGCAAUGUGACUUACUGCACCGCUGCUCCUUUGCUGGAGUGAAGUUCAUGGCUUUUGUGCCCCAGCUGGAGAGUUUAUUCAC